AUGGGACUCUAUGCUGAUGACUAUACAAUAUACGCCACCAACGAAGACAUAAAUCAGGCUGAAAACAGUGUCCAAGCAGCCAUAAACUUACUUGAGCAGUGGGCAAAGCAAAACAAGAUGGAAAUCAGUACGGAGAAAACAGAGUGCACCCUCUUCACCACCAGCACCCACGAGGCCAAGCGAAAAGCAGCACUCUCACUCAAAGGCGCCCCCAUCACCUUCAACUCCAACCCCACCUUACUUGGGGUUACACUUGAUCGUACUCUAUCCUCCAACGCCCACAUCCAAAACCUUGAGUUAAAACUGUCAAGCAGACUUCGACCAUUGAAAGCCCUUACAGGCACCACCUGGGGUGCCUCCAGGGAAUGCAUAAAGCCUAUAUAUUAUGCUACUUGUCGGUCAGCUAUCGACUAUUGUGCCCCUGCCUACAUGCCUCUUGCCAAACCCUCCAAUCUGCAGAAACUGGAAAGAAAGCAGAAUGAAGCAGCAAGAAUCAUCACAGGCUGCUCAAAGGAUACUCGUGUGGACAGCCUCCUCAUCGAAGCAGACAUUUUACCACUAAGGCAUAGAGCUGAUGCCUUGACUGCCAUCUCAUUCGAGAAGUCCAUGCGUCUGCCUACAACGAACCAACGCAAAGCCUCCGCAACAAAAUCAGUGCCCACGCGGACAGGCAAGUCGAACUGGAGAAAGCAUGCCCAGAACCUCGUAGCCGAAACUGAACUGGAUACGUACCCACGUGAGGAGCUGGUUGUUUUACCCCCCACACAACCGUGGAAGGCUGCAUCAUACAACGUGACUUUUAGCACCGAUCUUGUCGCCGACUGCAAGCGUGCUAAUGAACCAGCUGUCAGGAAAGCAGCAGCAGAGGCUACAAUUCGUUCGCUCCCCCUGCCCGAUGUAGAAGUCUGGACUGACGGUUCAGCUGAGCACGGUACUGAGUAUGGAGGAAGUGGAAUACUGAUCAAGACCGGCGAUACCGAACUCGACCAACGUGUACCUGCGGGCCGGUAUUGUUCCAACUACGGGGCCGAGCUUGUAGCUCUCGACACAGCGCUUGACAUGCUUGUGGCACUACAUACAGCAGGCAGCCUUCCGAACAGUGCACGCAUCCAUGUAUACACUGAUUCUAGAUCAGCAGUCAUGCGCCUCUCAUACGGCCCUACCAACCAAUCGGAAAAGGUGGCCUGCUCAAUCUGGCAACAUCUGCACACCCUCUGUCAACGCUCUGCAUGUUCCAUCCACUUACAGUGGAUUCCAGGCCACGCCGGACUGGCUGGGAAUGAGGAAGUUGACAGCAUCGCCAAAGAAGCAACAGCGCUUACCCAGAUUGACACGCCAAUCGAUUUCUCGACAGCUAAAGCCGUCAUCCACCGAUCGACCCGCGCAAAGUGGAAAAGAGAGGCGAAACCCAAACUGCCGUUUGCCCAGCCGCCGUCAUUCCAGCUUGAGGCCUCGCUCAGACGACAGGACCGCCGGCUUCUCUCUCAAAUGAGAACUGUGAGUCUGACCUCAUCUGCCGAUCUGUCAUCUGAUGCCAGCCGCCUCAUUGAUGGUGUUCCCCUCAUGCCUCAUGUAAAAAAAAACUAA